ACCCAUAGGCGUUGGCGUCCAGGACGUCAGUAUUUGCGUACACUCUGACUCUCCCGGCUCUGUCGAAAUCGCGAAGACCGUUAAACGUCUUGUUGAUGCAAGCAACAAGAAACUUGCCUUUUAGUGAAAGGGACUCUAGCCGCGUUUCAGAUAAAUUGACGGAUGUAAUGCUAUCGAGUUCUGGUCUUACAGAUGACCUAUAUUUGCGUCAGCUGUUUGGCCCAAUGUGCAGAUAAACUAAACGUCGCUUGGCGUAGUCUUAUGACCCCGGAUGUAUCAAGCCAUGACGGCUUGGAGCCACAAUUUAAGACCCUGAGAUGGCGUAAAUAACCUUGUCUCAGGACAUCUUUGUCUCGCACAACCUUUGACCAACCACCAUGGCUUAUUCGCCUUCCCUGGAACGACACAAGCUCUUAGUCCUUAACAGAGGCGAGAUCGCAGUUCGCAUCCUUCGUACUACAAAGCGUCUUGGACUACGGUCUGUCGCUGUGUAUACGCAGGUCGACGCGACAUCACCGCAUGUUUCGCUGGCUGACGAAGCUGUUCUUAUACAUUCAAAGUCGUCUUUAGACAACAAUUCCCCACCAGAGAGUAAUCAAACGUCUGAUGCGAAAGCAUAUCUUGCUGCGGAUGCGAUUGUAAAAAUAUGUGUAGACCGAAAUGUCACGCUCGUGCACCCAGGAUAUGGGUUUCUCUCGGAGAACGCAGGCUUCGCACGCCUUUUGGAUCGGCAUGGCAUAACUUUACUCGGUCCGCGUGCACAGACAAUCGAGGACAUGGGACUGAAGCAUCUUGCACGAGAUCUUGCAAUUCAGGCUGGCGUUCCCGUCGUUCCCGGCUCGAACGGACUUGUUGAAGGUUUGCAUGACGCGCAGGAGGUUGCAAAAAAGGUUGGAUUUCCCGUUAUGCUGAAAGCUACUGCGGGUGGCGGAGGAAUCGGUCUCGUCUUCUGCGGAACUGAGAAUGACUUGCGCACAACAUUUGACGCGACUAUUCAACGAGCGAAGAGUCUCUUCCAUAACGAAGGAGUCUUCAUAGAAAAGUUUUUCCAUACAUCUCGACACAUUGAAGUACAGAUAUUUGGCAAUGGCUGUAACCAUGUCAUACACAUGGGCGAACGCGAAUGCAGCGUCCAAAGGCGACACCAGAAGAUCAUCGAGGAGGCUCCAAGUCCUUACCUUGUAAGCCGGCAAGACUUAAGAAGCAAAAUCUGUGCCGCCGCUGUUCGUCUUGGCGAAUUAGUCAACUACAAGUCCGCUGGCACUGUGGAAUUCCUCGUGGAUGACGCCACGGGAGAAUUUUACUUCCUUGAAAUGAAUACUCGUUUGCAGGUUGAACAUGGCGUAACAGAGAUGCUUCAUCCCGGACUAGAUCUCGUGGAGCUGAUGAUCCUCCAGGGAAUCUAUGAGGGUGAAGCUGAAUCUUCUCCCGAGUUCCCUCGUGGUUUACCGUCAAGUCAACUUGACCAGAAGAAGUUCGAAGUGCCACGACCAAAUUCGCAUGCAAUAGAGGUGCGGGUUUACUCCGAGAAUCCCGCAAAUAAAUUUUCUCCGAGUCCUGGCAUUCUUCAAUACGUCAAAUUUCCUGAGACAAACGAGAACCUUCGAAUCGACACAUGGGUUUCAACGGGGAUGGUCGUCACGCCCUUCUAUGAUCCCCUUAUUGCCAAAAUCAUCGUCAAAAACACGUCACGGGCCGAGGCAAUCAAGCAGCUCUCUUCUAACCUUCAUUCAAGGCAGCCAGUUUCAACUUCUGGGCAUCAAAUCCUCAUCCAAGGGCCACCAAAUAACAUACCGUUCCUGGCCCAAGUACUCAAGGAGUCCCUUUUCAUUAGCGGGAAAGCGACAACAAAAUGGAUAGAUGAGGGGGCGGUUCAGUACACCCCUGAUGCUAUGACUGUUCUCUCACCGGGGAUUCAUACCACCGUUCAAUCACUCCCAAACAGGGAUAUAGGAUUAGGAAUUCCACCUAGCGGCCCGAUGGACCCAUUGGCAUUCCAAGUGGCCAAUUUGCUUGUCAAGAACUCCGUUCAAUGCGAGGGCCUUGAGCUCGUAAUUCCGCCUAAGAACGCCGGUCGCUCAAGCGGCCUUUUGUUUAGUGCACUUUUUCAUGUCCGAGCGGUCGUUGCGGUGACUGGUGCCAAUGCAAUUGUGCAGAUUGAUGGGCAGAUCGUGCCUACGUGGACACGUCUCGUCGUGGGGCCGGGGGCAAAACUUGUUAUUGGAUGCAUGCAUUCCGAUGGAUCGACUUCAGGCGGCGGACUCAGAGCAUACCUUGCAAUCGGUGGCGGAUUUCCUGGAAUCCCUUCCUAUCUCGGUUCCAAGUCAACUUCUAUGGGUGGCGGAGGUUAUCAAGGAAGGGCAUUACAAGGAGGUGACAUGCUUCAAAUCAUGCCAUUUAAUGAUGAUGGAAACGAAUCCCUUCCUUUGCCACGCAGUCUCAUACCAAGUUAUCCACCUAACUGGAUCUUAUACUCGUUACCCGGACCGCAAGAUGAUACCGAAUUCAUUACGGAGGCCGGAAUUGAGGCGUUUUACACGGCAAGGUGGAGAGUUAGUAUCUCCAGUAAUCGAAUGGGUAUUCGACUCGAGCCAGUCAAUCAGGAUGCAUCCGAUACUCCUGUGCUACAGUGGGCACGAUCUAACGGUGGAGAAGGUGGCUCACACCCGUCCAACAUCCUAGACAACGGUUACGCUCGAGGCACCGUUAAUCUGAAUGGUGACACACCUGUAAUUCUCACUAAUGAAGGCCCAAGUAUGGGCGGAUACCUGUGCAUAUCCACAAUCGCUAGCGCUGACCAGUGGAAACUUGGCCAACUCAGACCUGGAGACCAUCUGCGGUUUGCACGAAUUACUUACCAAGAUGCAAUGAAUCUGCAAGAACGUGUUGAUAGAUGGCUAAAGACAAUACUAGCAGCAUUGUCCAGGUCCAAUGUUGUGCCAUUCAACCUUAUGGAUGUCAUCCCCUCGAACCAUACUUCGCAUGAGCCAAAACUGCAUGUUAUUCCUGCAACUUCGUUGAAGCCAAAGGUCGUAUUCAGGCAGGCUGGCGACUCCGCGGUACUGGUAGAAUAUGGAGAGAUGACUCUCGAUUUCUCUGUCCGCGCGCGCAUUCAUGCGCUCGAAACUUCCGCACGUCAAUUUAAGAUCAAUGGGAUCAAGGAAUUUGCACCGUGCAUUCGCUCAACCAUGGUACAUUUUGACCCCGUACAAAUUAAUCAAGGCGAAGUCCUCACAAUGCUCAUCCGCGCGGAGGAAACGCUUCCGGACUCAAUUGAAGAUAUGCAAUUUCCAGGACGCAGACUGACAUUCCCGAUUGCAUUGGACGACAGAUGGAACAGAGAUACUCUGCAACGCUACAUGAGCUCCACUCGUGAUAAAGCCGUCUACCUUCCAAGUAAUAUUGAGUAUCUAGCUGCGAACAACGGUAUCGAAGGAGGUACGAAAGAUGCCUUGCAGUCGUUAGUAUCUUCAUCAUGGCUGGUGUUCGGUGUCGGCUUCUAUCUUGCAUGCCCUUUCCUCGUCCCGAUUGAUCCCCGCUGUCGUCUUGUUGGGCAGAAAAUGAACCCCUCGCGAACUUACACACCUCGCGGAGCGGUCGGCAUUGCCGGACUUGUCGCAGCCAUUUAUCCGGUCGAGUCUCCCGGUGGUUAUCAGCUAUUUGGGCGCACUUUACCUGCGUGGCAACCAUGGGGGAAGGGACCAGACUUCGCUGUCGACCGGCCAUGGCUGUUAGACCCCUUUGAUCAGGUUGUUUUCGAGCCCGUUUCUGAAGACGACUAUGUCGAGGUAGAAAAACUAUUUGAUAGCGGACGUUACGCUUUCAAGAUUGAGCCUGUUGUUCUCUCAAUGAAGGAUUAUCUGGGUUUUAUUUCGGGAAUAGAAGGCGAGAUAGAUGCAUUCAAAAGACGUCAAGCGGAAGCCGUGGCACUUCAAGAAGCCCGUGAAAACAUCCUGUUAAAGGAAUGGCAGGAAAGUACACACAGACACGAUGAUCCUGAUGACCGUAUAAGAGAUCUCUCUGAAGAGACGCCAUACUUCAUGACCGCCUCUCUUUCGGGCACAGUCUGGAAGAUUAGAGUGGCGAUUGGCGAUAUUGUCAUGUCUUCCGACGAGGCUUUAGUAAUACUCGAGGCGAUGAAGACUGAAAUAAACUUAACCGCAGGGGAAGAUCACAUUGGCUUGAAGGUUGCUGGUUUCGCGAAAGGCGUGAGGGAAGGCACCACCGUCCAGGCUGGCGACAAGCUCAUAUUCUUUGCUGAACCUUGAUACAUUCCUCUGCUGUAGUACUCCGGCAUAUGUCAUUGUAGGAUCCUAUUCUACAUACACAUACCUCUUUCAAGAAUCGCUACUUGUCG